CCAUAUAUAAUGGGAAAAGAAGUCUGCUACCUCUCCGCUUCGGAGACACCUCAUCGCUUUAAAACGUAUAGAGGAGGAUAGAGAAGCAAUUGAACAAGAGAGGAAAAAAAAUUCCUUUCUUUUAUUGCCAAUUUUCCCCCAACUUUUCCUAUCGGAUCUCUUAUCACAAUUCAUUUGCUUAAAUCGCUUUUCAAUUUCACAAUAAAAUCUCAGAGGUUCACGUCUGUGACCAGAUUCUCAUCCUUUUCUCCUUCUUCUGCUUCUUCUUCUUCAAUUCCAGCCCAAAAUCGUUUCUUUCUUCCGGAUAAAUAGGGAUUUUCAAAGAAUUCACAGAUGCGGUUGGAUUUCGAGGAAUAUUCGUCGACUCUGGAAUGUUUGAGAAUGGAAGUUAAUUGAUCAGCCUAGUACAUAGUGUGGAUACUUCUGCCUAAAGCGUUCACUAUAUAUAACAAAAACAAGGAACCUGAUGGUUUAAUCCAGUUGGAAGAAAGAGUAGUAUCGAAAUAGAAUUCUGUUUGGGAAAUUUCCAACAGUUGAGAUCUUCAACAUCUUCUUCUUCUCGGCCAAGCUCGGGCACUGCGAGCUUUGGCAGUGCCCAUGGACGCCACAGCGAGUGGAGCCCCUUCGGUGCAUUACCAUAACAUCGUCGACCCACCUGUAGCUGCUCUUGUUGUCCCUCCUUUACCAACAUUUCAACGCCAACAACGCCAUUGUUUCGGAGAAUCUACACCAGGAGAAUUCCCCUUGGCAGCUAACCCCUCCAUCGUUCUCCAUGUCCUCACGGACUGUAAUUUGGACCCUCAAGAUCUUGCGAAACUUGAGGCAACAUGCUUCUUCUUCAGGCAACCUGCAAACUUCGCCCCCGAUUAUGAGCUUUCCAUAUCGGAGCUCGCUGCUCUGGACAUGUGCCAGAAAAGAGCCAUAUUUAAACCGAUGACGGUAGAGGAACGAGAAGUUCUGAAACAGAGGUGUGGGGGGUCAUGGAAGCUAGUCCUGAGGUUUUUGCAGGCUGGAGAGGCAUGUUGCAGGAGGGAGAAAUCACAGGCAAUAGCAGGUCCAGGUCAUAGUAUUGCUGUGACAUCAAAAGGAGUUGUUUAUUCAUUCGGGUCCAACAGUUCUGGCCAGCUUGGGCAUGGCACCAUGGAAGAAGAAUGGCGGCCUCGCCAAAUCAGGUCUCUGCAAGGCAUUCGGAUUAUCCAAGCGGCAGCUGGUGCUGGCAGGACGAUGCUGAUUAGUGAUGUUGGGCGUGUUUAUGCCUUUGGAAAGGAUUCAUUUGGGGAAGCUGAGUAUGGGGUUCAAGGAACCAAAUUCGUUACAACCCCACAGCCUGUAGAGUCCUUGAAGAACAUAUUUGCCGUUCAAGCUGCGAUUGGGAACUUCUUCACAGCUGUUCUUUCCAGAGAGGGUAGAGUAUAUACAUUCUCUUGGGGCAGUGAUGCCAAACUCGGUCAUCAAACUGACCCCAAUGAUUUGGAGCCUCAUCCUCUCUUGGGCCCACUAGAGAACAUUCCCGUGGUGCAAAUCGCAGCUGGGUACUGCUACCUUCUAGCUCUGGCCUGUCAACCCGGUGGAAUGUCUGUAUAUUCAGUGGGGUGCGGCUUGGGGGGAAAGCUUGGACAUGGUUCAAGAACCGACGAGAGAUACCCUCGGUUGAUUGAACAAUUUCGGGCUUUGAAUCUUCAACCAAUUGAGGUUGCUGCUGGUGCUUGGCAUGCUGCUGUAGUGGGGCGGGAUGGAAGGGUCUGCACCUGGGGGUGGGGGCGCUAUGGGUGCUUAGGUCAUGGGAAUGAAGAGUGUGAAUCAGUUCCUAAGGUGGUUGAAGCCUUGAGCAAGGUGAAAGCAGUUCAUGUUGCCACAGGGGAUUACACAACCUUUGUGGUGUCUGAAGAUGGUGAUGUCUACUCAUUUGGGUGUGGAGAAUCGUCUAGCCUGGGGCACAACACUGGGGCUGCUGAUGGCCAGGGAAGGCAUACUAAUGUGUUAAGCCCAGAGCUUGUGACAUCACUGAAGCAGGUGAACGAACGGGUGGUGCAAAUUAGCUUAACCAAUUCCAUAUAUUGGAAUGCCCAUACAUUUGCGCUAACGGAAUCUGGGAAGCUAUAUGCGUUCGGUGCAGGGGACAAGGGACAGCUUGGAAUAGAACUUGUUGCCGACCAGAAUGAGAGGGGGAAUCCGGAGCGUGUUGAUAUUGAUCUAAGCUAACCAUUACUUGCUUGCCGUCAGAUCGUUUAGUUGGUCAACAUCACUUGAUAUCUCAUUUGGUUUCUAAUCUCUUUGUUUAUUUUGUACAUAGUAUGUACAGUGAAGGACCAAUGUAGGGAAGGGGGCGCCUCAAGUGAGAGCUGAACCAAAAAAAAAAAACAAAUGGAUAGCCUCAAGCAGUUAAUAGCUGAUACACUUUGUCAAGAUUGUUUUAUAACUUAUACUUCUCUUCAAGUCUUCAGCUUCAGUUGGUUAUUCCCACUUGUGUAGUUUAGAAGUGGGCGACCUUAGUUCCGUCGCCGGUUUGGCUCUAGGUCGAGUAGACAUGUGGAUAUGGUAUUCUAUACUCUAUAGUUUGGGCAUUAACUGGGUUCAUUGCUCCUA